GUGACGCCGAGGCGAGGCGGUGGAAGUGGCGUCAGCUUCCGGUGUGGCCUGGGACCUGCGUCUCGGGGAGGGAGGAAGAGAAGGGGGCCCCCUUCUCCGGCUUCGGGGCUGUCAUGGCGACCAACAUCGAGCAGAUAUUUCGGUCCUUUGUCGUGAGCAAGUUCCGGGAGAUCCAGGAACAGCAGCAGCAGCAGCAGCAGUUCGGCGGUGGAAAGAUAGGAAGUCAAUACAAUGGUGAAAUAAAUUCACCUGAACACACCAGUUCUUCAGAUGAUAACAUUGGAUCUGUUGGGAAUCUUCAGAAUGAUCCACUAGUGCAGAAGAUAGAACAAGUAUUAUCGGAAGUGUUGGCUGCAGAGUCACAGUACAAACCAGGUGGUGGAGAGGAUGCUGUGAGAAGUAAAUCUCGCUCUGUUAAAAGAGGGUUAUCUGAAGAAGUGCAAGAUGAAAUUCCAAGGAAGAAGUCUAAGAAAGAUAAGAAACAUAAAGAUAAGAAGAAAAAGAAGAAGAGAAAGAAGGAGAAAAAACAUAAAAAACAAUCCAAGGAAUCAAAAUUAAAUGACCAACAAAAAGAAUGUGAGGAUCUGCAGCGAGUUUUGCACUCAGAACCAGAAAAUCCAUGCUUUAUAUUAAGUGCAGGUGAUGAUGUGAAUAUAGAGUCUGCAUCUGUCUUACAACAUGCUUCUGUAUCAGUUCAGGAAGAAACUGCAUAUGAAAAUGAAAACUCAGCUAUGCCAAAUUCACACAAUACUAAUUCAGAUAGCAGCAGACUGGAUACAUCUAAAGAAGAUUCUACUUUGGUCAGUGCUCAUGAGCUCUCAGAAGUCAAGCUUGCAAGUGAGAGAGAACUGGAAAGUGGUACUUUUAAAACUACUGACCUCACUCUGAAUUUGUGCAUAGAAGACCAGUCUUUAAGAACUGCUGAAGCUGAAGGUAGUUCUGUAAGCAUGGUCAGAGAUGAAGUUAUUUGUUUGGAACAAAAUGAAAUUAGUUCUGCAUUAGAGGCAACAAAAAAACUAAAUGUUCCUGAAAACAGUUCACAUUCUAUAACAGUACAGCCGGAAUAUUUGGAAACCAGUCUGGAGUCUAACAUGUUAAAAGUUAAAAGUUUAGAUUCUGUCACAGACUCAUUAAAUCCAGAAGGCAUGAAACAAUCAACACCAACUUUACUUGAAACACCUGCUUUGCCCCACUUGGAGCUAAGUGGAGAAGCCAAAGAUUCAGUGACAACUUUGGGAUUUUUGGCUAUGGUUGUAGGGAAAGACUUCGAAGCAACUUCAGAAUUUUUGAAUACAGCAAAGAUAAAAGCUUCUGAAAGAAGUCCCAGACAUAUUUCAUUUACAGAUAUGAAAGAUGAUAAUGACUCUGAGAGACUGCUCACAAUGCAGGAUUUCCAAAAGGCUCUGCAGCCUAGAACAGAGAUGAAAGCUGCUCCAGAAUCUCAACAUGUAGUCUCUAAAAAUGAUUUUGAGCUGGCUCUUGUAAGUAAACUAAAACCUCAGCAAACAGACUCAAGAACAAUGGUAGAAUUUGGUGAGCAAAAGUGCAUGGCAGCAACUGCUGAUGCUGAGGCAAUAGUAAAAGAAUUAAGAGAAACCCAAGUCUCUGCUGUUAUGAUGGAGCUGAAAGAUUCAGAAAAGUAUCCAAGGCAGUUACAAAUUGAAAAAGUUGCAAAAAAUGUUAGCCAAAUGCCAGAAUUGGAGAUGAAGAAUAAGACAGAUUUAACAACACCUCUUUCAAAUGUAGGAAUGGAAACAAGGACUUUAGACAGUGUUUCAGGAUUUCAGGAGAUUGACUUGAGUUGUCUGAAAGAAAAAUCUGCAACAAAGAAGGAAAAGUGGAAUACUGUUCCAGAACCUUUUAGAAUGAUGAAUUUGAAGAAUGUUGGUCCUCUUACAGAAACUGAAGAAGCUGUGAAGGUGAAUAGUUCUUUGGAAGCUGUUGUGGUGGAAAAAGAAGUUUCAGAAAUAGCUGAAGAUUUAGAACCGGUGACUGAGGUGAACAUUCCUGAAAACAUCUCACAAACUUUAGAAACAGCUCCAGGAAUUGGUGAGAUAGUGAAGCCACAAAAUCAGGAGGUUUCGCAAUAUGCAAGCAAAAUAUCUGAGAGUGGGAUGAAUCUGAAGGACUUGAAAAAUGCUUCAGAAUCUUUGGCAACUCUGAAAAAUGUAGAAACCACUUCAGAAUCUCAGUAUGUAAAAGGAAUGAGUUAUAUACAUGAUACUUUACAAUCUGAUGCAGUGUCACGAGGCAAAAAUUUACAAACUAACCUAGAGGUUGAAGGAAAAAAAGAAGAGAAAGAUGUGGACACUGCUUCAGAAUCAUUGCAUAUGAUAUUUACAAACUAUUCAGAACAAAAUCUAGAACUUUUUUCAGAACCCAAGGUUAUGACGAAAUUGAAAAGUUCAGACAUAGUCCCACAGUCAUCGCACAUGGGGGAUGCAAACAGUUUGGAGUCACAGCAUAUUAGGAAAGUCAAAGACUUAAAAAUGGUAGGAUCCGAAAUGAUGGUUGGGUUGAAUGACUUACAGAAAAAAAUAGAAUGCCAUCACAGAAAUGUUAAAAUUGUAGAAGCAGCAUUGGAAUGUAAGGCUGUGUCUGAUUGGACUGCAUUAGACGAAAAGGCUUCUGAUACCAUUGAGAAUAUGACGAAGGAUCAGUACAGUGCAGGUGCAGACCACCUGCGGACUUCACCAAGAUAUGAAGAAGUGAAUAAUGGCUCCAAAACAACAACAGGAAAUGAGCUGACUGCUGAGAGUGAAAACCUAUCAUUGACUUCAAAAUUUUCAAAAGACAUGGAUAUAAGUUCAGAAACUGCUGCAGAAUUGGAAGCCUUAGCAGUUGUACAAAAGUUAAAAGAAAGGGUAGGAUUUACAACUAGGGUUGAGGAAGAUAGCCCUAAAGAAUCCUUAGAGUUGAAAAGUUCAGUGUCAACAGAUCUAAAAGACUAUCCGAAAUCUGUGAAUAUUGGAAAGUGUUUUGAAUCUAUUUCUGAAUCUCAGAAAGAACAAAACCUGCAAUCUGUGCAGGACACAACAUCAAAAAGGAAGGAGGUGAAUUUGGAUUCUCUGUAUGAUUUGGAAACUGAGUAUGCAAAAACAAGUUCAGAAUUCCACUUUAUAGGUGCAUUAAGUAACCAGGAAGGGAAACAGAAAUUUCAGGAAAGGACAGAAAUGACAGGAUUGAUAGCAUCCUCAGAAUCCCCGUAUGCAUCAGAGAGAGAUCUGAUUCAAGUUUCCGAAUGUGAGAAGAAAAAUGAUGUAGAAAGUUCAGAAUCAUCAGUGUGUCUGGCAGAACCCAAUUCAGGGAAUGUCCCAAAAGCUUUCUACAUGAUUCAAAUGAAAAAUUCAAAAACAACAUCAGAGUCUAGAAUUCUGGAUGGAGAACAUGUGAACACUGAUUCAGGAUCUACCCUCACAGCAGGUGUAGAAAUGGGAGAGAAUCUUCCAGAAAGUGUGACCAUGGUAGUGUCAGGAACAGAAACUAUUUUAGACACACCAAACAAAAAUGAACUCCUUGAAUCACAAGGUAUAUCAGCAUUGCAAGAGUCAGAAUCAAAGAUCAGGAGUAAAACAUCAACCCCUACAAAUUUUGAAGAAUAUACAAAAACUGUAUGUUUGAGUGAAAAUAAGAAGUUGGAAAUAGCUCCACAAUAUGAAGAAUCUGAAGAAGCAAAAAAACGAGACUCGUCAUCUUUGUGUGCGCCACAUAUGGUAGUUAUUAAAGCAAUUCCUUCCUUUGUCCGUGAAGCUGAAGAUAAAGAACUAAAAGUUGCUAAAGCAGCUGAAACAAUAGUGACUUUAGCAAAAUCAAAAGGAUCAAAGGAAUCUGUGGACAUAGUGAAAGAUAUAAGUACAGAAUUAUCUGAUGACAUAAAUGCAUAUAGUACAGAAACAUUUAAAAGAUCUGAAUCAACUGUAGUCACACAAAUUUCAGAAAGCUUGUUGAUAACUACAGGCAUACCAGUUGAACACGAUGCAAAACUGGUAGUUACAGAAUCAGUUUCAGACUCAAUAAUAGGUUCAGAGAAAGAGGGUCAUGAUCCAGCUUUGACUGAGUUUAUGAUGGAUGUCAAAAUUGCAGAAGCAAAUUCUAGCAUUCAGGAUACAUCAGAAAGGAACACUUCAAAAACAACUUUGCAGUUUGAAACAACUUCCAAGCCUCCAUGUAUGUUGGACUCCAUGGAUUUAGAUGACAAUGUAGACUUUCCACCAAAAAUAGAAACAAAAGAUUCAAGACAAGUAAUAAACUAUGUAAGACCAUUGGAAGUAAAGGACAGCAAUUUUCCAGCAGCCACUUCAACACAGCUAGUCACACCACAGUUAAAGUCUUCAGAAUCUUUCUCUGUGUCAAAAGAAACAGACUCUGCAGGAAUUCUAAACCUAAAUCCUACUCCAGUAUAUAAAGGUACAACAGAAUUUAAAUCUUCUAGCAUAGUUUCAGAGAUUGAAGUAUUAGAAAUAAGUGACUCUGGCAUACAUCUAAAACCAGAAAAUAAUUCGGAAGUAAAAUAUUUUGAAACCCCUUCAGAAACUGAAAAUGUUCUACAAAAGACUGCACCAAUUUCUGAAAGAGAGAUGGAGAAAUUUUCAGAAUUAAUAUCAGAAAAAGUAUGCCCACACAAGAUAAAAGAAGUAGAAACUAUUUUAGAACCCAAACAUGCUCAGCAAAUUAAAACUUUAGAAACGUCUUUACAGCCUGUGUAUACAGUGGGGGCAACAGAUUUGGAAGGAAAUCUUAUGUCUGAGGUGCUCGGUGUUUCAAAAACUAACCAACAGUUUUCAGAUGUUGUGGAAAAAGCAGAUGUAAGAGCUGCUAUAUCAUCUGUGACUGUAGAAGCAGUAAAAGAUACAGAAAAACAAUUGCAAUUAGAUCCACAUUUUGAAGGAAAAUGUUCAGAAAGCAAUUUGAAGAGCAUGCAUGUGUCAGAUUUACAGGAUGCAGAUGCAGAUGAAGGAGCAGCCUCUUUAGCAGGAAAAAAAUGCUCCAAACCUGUUCCAGAAGUAGCAUCUGUUAUAGAUAUGAAAAAAGCAAAGUCAGACUUGGAACUGGCCCUACGGUUAACAGAUCCAGAAACUAUGUUCAAACCUAGAAGUGUUCUAGAGUCUGUGCAAAGAAAUGAACCAAAAGACUUGGAAGCAGCUAACAAAUAUGAAUCCUUUGUGGAAGUAAAAGAGCUCCAAGUUAUUCAAACAUCUACAGACAAAGAACAAAUGGAUUUAGGAGGAUUGUCAAAAUCUGUGUUAACUUUGGAGAGUGAGGAUUUGGAAAGAAAUUCAACCUCUGUGCUUUUGCCAGAAGGAAAAGCCUCUGAAGGAUCUUUAGAUGCAAUACAUGUGCAAGUGAAGGAUUCUGUAGUAAUGCCUGAAUAUGUGAGUGCAAAUAACAAAGAAGUUUCAAAAGAGACAUGCAGAGCAGAAGUGGAACAUUUUGAACCAACUGCAGCACAUGUAAUAGAAUCCAGAAAUUCAGAAAUGAUUUCACAGGCCAUUGUACAACUGAAAAAUUCAGAAUCAGCUUUAGAGCCUUUAAAUAUAAUAAAGGAAAAAGACUUGGGUGGGAUUUCACAGAUCAUUGUGGAGGAGCAAGGUGUAAAAGUAACUGCAAAACCUGUAUGCCCAGUAGCUGGAGAGUCCUUAGAAGUAGUCCAGGAAAUAACAGUGGGGCUGAUAGAUCCCGAACCAGUUCUGGAAUCUGUGAAGAUGGCAGAGAAGGAUUUGGAAGCAGGGAAACAAGUAAUUGUAGCAGCAAAAGACUCAGAAAUAAUAACUCUUAAAUCCACGCACGUGACAAAGGAAAAGGAUUUGGAAAUAAUUGUACAGGACUAUUUGAAGGAUAAAGAUUCAGAAGCUGUUACAGAACAUGAUGGAAGUAUUUUAAAAGAUAAGAAAAGUGAGAAAAUAAGUAGCAAAAGUAAAGAUAAAAGUAAAAGUAAGAAAGCAAAAAAGAGUAGAUCAAAAUCUCCUUCCAAGUCAAAAAAACAUAAAAAAAAGUCUAGAUCACAUUCUACCACUAGGCAGGUAGCAUCAAGAAGAGAACGCUCUAGAAGUAAACAUGAUUCCCAUUCCAGAAAAAAACACUCUACCUCACGUCGUAAAUCCAGAUCAAAAUCUACUGACAAAAAAGAGGAUAAAGAAUCCUCAAAGUCUAGACGCAGACGAUCACGAUCUAAAUCUAGAUCCAAAUCUGUAGACAGGAUUGAAACUUCAGCAAAAUCACGGCGGAGACGUUCUAGAUCUUCUGAUCAUCGCAAGUCUAGAUCCAAGUCUAUAGAUAAAAGAGAAUCAGUUAGAAGAAGACGAAGAUUGUCAAGAUCCUCUGAUAAACACAAAUCUAGAUCACGAUCUGCAGAAAGACGAGAGACAUUGAUAAGGUCAAGGCGGAGACGGUCCAGAUCUUCUGAUCAUCAGAAAUCUAGAUCACGAUCAGCUGACAAAAGAGAAACUUCAGUGAGGACAAGGAGAAGGCGAUCUCGGUCUUCUGAUCGUUACAGAUCUAGAUCCAAGUCUCUGGACCGAAGGGAGUCUUCAGUAAGAACACGUAGAAGACAGUCUAGAUCCUCUGAUCACCACAAAUCAAGAUCCAGGUCAGCUGAUGAUAAAAAAGAAAUUUCAGUGAGAAGAAGGCGAAGACAUUCUAGGUCUCAUGACACUCGUAAAUCUAGAUCCAGAUCAACUGAUAGAAGGGAGACUACUGUGAGAGCAAGGCGCAGGAGAUCUAGAUCCUCUGAUCGUCACAAAUCUAGAUCCAGGUCAGUUGACAAAAGAGAGAGUUCAGUGAGAACAAGACGAAGGAAGUCCAGAUCAUCUGAUAAUUGCAGAUCUAAGUCCAGAUCUGUUGAUAAAAGAAACACUUCAGUGAGGACAAGGCGAAGGCGGUCCAGAUCCUCUGAUAAUCGCAGAUCUAAGUCUAAAUCUGUUGAUAAAAGAGAAAGUUCAGUAAAGAGACGGCGAAGACGGUCCUUAUCUUCUGAUCGUAAAUCUAGAUCCAAAUCUGUUGAGAAAAGAGAGACUUCAGCCCAGGUAAAAAGGAAGCGUUCCAGGUCUUCUGAUACUCGCAAAUCUAGAUCUAAAUCUGUUGAAGCAUCAGCAAGAUCAAAAAGGAAACGAUCCAAGUCUGCUGAUCAUAAAUCUAGAGCAAAAUCUGUUGAAAAAGAAGAGCCAUCACUGAGGUCUAGACGUAGAAAAUCUAAGUCAUCUGAUUGCCAAAUCUCUAAAUCAAAAUCACGAUCCAAAUCUACUGAAAGAAAAAAGGACAAAGAUUCUUCAGUUGCAUCAAGAGAGAAACACUCCAGACACAGAUCAAAAUCCAAAUCUAUUGAAAAAACAGAGGGAUCAGAAUCUUUGGAUAUAUCUGUGUGCAAUCAUGCAAAAUCUCCUGUACAACACAAAUCUAAAUCUAGGUCAAGGUCCAAAUCUAUAGAUAAAAUGGACGAGAGAGAUAGUAUACGAAGAUCAAAGAGUAAAGGCUCUAAAUCUCCAGAAUCUAGAUCUCGUAGACGUAGAACAGUAUCACGAUCGAGAAGGAAUCGUUCUCGAUCAUUAACUCGGAGAAGGACCUCAAGAUCAAAAUCUGACCAUCGAUCACGAACAAGAUCACGAAGUCGAUCGCAAUCACGUUCAAGACGUUGGAGAAGGACUAGAUCAAGGUCUUUGUCAAGACAACGAUCUUUAUCAAGGGAAAGGCGUAGGAGAUCUCGGAGAAACAGAUCAAGAUCGCCUGAUCGGAGGAGGAGGAGGUCUGAUUCAAGAGACAGUUACAGAAUAUCUCUCAGAUUACGGUCCCGAAGUCGAACACCUGUCCUUUUAAGGUCUUCCAGGUCAACAGGAAGAAGGAGGAGCCCCAGUAAAUCUCCUGAUCACCGAAGAUCCAGGUCUUCAAGCAGGUCACCUAAACGUCUGACUGACUUGGACAAGGCACAACUACUUGAAAUAGCCAAAGCAAAUGCAGCUGCCAUGUGUGCCAAGGCUGGUGUUCCCCUGCCUCCAAGCUUGAUGCCUGUUGUAACUCCAGAAAAGAAGGAGGAGAAGGUUACCCAAAAGUCAGCAAAAGAGACAAUAUUGGAACUCACUGAGAAAUGCAAGAAGAUAGCCCAAAGCCAGGAAGAUGAUGUGAUUGUGAAUAAACCACAUGUAUCUGAUGAAGAGGAAGAGGAGCAUCCUUUUAUUAAUCAUCCCUUUAAACUCAAUGAGCCAAAGCCUAUUUUUUUCAACUUAACUACUCCAACCAUAAAGCCACCACCUCCGAAAAAUCAGGUUACUUUGACCAAGGAGUUUCCUGUUUCUUCUGGAUCUCAACACAGAAAAAAAGAAGCAGAUAGUGCAUAUGGUGAAUGGGUCCCAGUUGAGAAGAACAAGGAUGAAAAGAAAGAUGAUGUGUUUCCCAACCCAGCCAAUCUGGAGCCUGUGGACAUCUCAUCAGCUCUGAAUGAGCGGACUAUAGCCCAGAAAAGACUUACAGAAAACACAUUUGAUCUAGAGGCGAUGUGCUUGUUAAAUCGUGCACAGGAACGGAUUGAUGCUUGGGCUGAGCUGAAUUCUAUACCAGGCCAUUUCACGGGAAGUACUGGAGCCCAAGUCUUGUCUUCAGAACAGUUGUCCAACAGCGGACCCCAAGCUUGGGUUAAAAAGGAUCAAUUUCUCAGAGCUGCCCCUGUAACUGGAGGAAUGGGAGCCCAACUUAUGAGGAAAAUGGGAUGGAGAGAAGGAGAAGGCUUGGGCAAAAACAAAGAAGGAAAUAAGGAGCCUAUUUUAGUUGAUUUCAAGACUGAUCGGAAAGGCUUGGUUGCAGUGGGAGAAAAGACACAGAAGAGACAUGGACCUUUCAGCGCAGUGAAAGAUCUUUCAGGCAAACAUCCAGUUUCAGCAUUGCUGGAGGUCUGUAAUAAAAGAAGAUGGUCACCCCCUGUAUUUGUACUGGUGAAUGAUAAUCGGCCUGAAUAUCGCAAACAUUUUCUUUUUAAGGUGAUGGUGAAUGGAGUUGAACAUAAACCUACUUUUGUGAGUCCCAAUAAGAAGCAUGCUAAAGCCAUGGCAGCUACUGUGGCUCUCCAGGCAUUGGGACUAGUACCAAAGGACCUCUUUACUAAUGCCACCAGCUUCAGGAGUGCCUCACACAACUAAACAGUUGUUUUUAUAUUGACAUUUCAAAUGUUUUUAUUCUGCAUAAAAGGGUUCUUUCCCUCCUGUGAUUUUGUAAAUACAUUAGCAAGUCAUUGUAAAAAAAAAUUGUACAGACACCUCCGGGCUUUUCUUUUUGUACAUGGAAAAUGUAUUUAAAUCAUUUAGUUUUGGUAUGUAUAUUACUGUUAGUGAUGUCAUUAUUUCUUAAAUUACUAAAAAUCACAACAUGACUCUGGAAGUAUCCAUAACUUGUUUUAAAGCUCAGUCUUCACCUUUCAGUAUGAAAUGUAAAUUGUUACUAUUUUGUACCAUGAUGCAGUUCCCAUAGUUUUGGUAAAGUUUGUUAGAACCAGCAGAGUCGUGUAGUCUUGAGUCUGCAACAGCUGGCAGCUAAUGCUAGUGUCAGGCCCUAUUUUAUCUGCAAAUCAAAAACAAUAGAUUUGCUGGGUGAUGCUGCAGUUACUGUUUCCCUAUUUGAAGAUUUAGUUUAAUACUAUUCAGUUGAGUACAAAAUAAAUAAAUCUGCAUUUAAAUGAGAAGGAAGCAUAUAUACCAGAAUUGGUAAGAAUUGCAACAUAAUUUGUCUGCAUGUUUUGGUACAAGGAACAUGACAUUGUAAUUUUCUGUCUCAAACAUAAUGCCUGAUGUUGAUUGUAUACAUUUGUAGUAAACAAAUGUUCAGCUAUAACUGGAUGGGGAUGUAGAAUGAAGCUAAUAUUGUAUGCAGCCUCAUCAAUAAAGCAGCACAAGUUCGUUCUUAUUUA